CAUGGAGACACAUAUAAUUGUGUGGAUUUUUACAAACAACCAGCAUUUGACCAUCCUUUAUUGAAGAAUCGUAGAUUUGAUUAUCAGGUAUGCUUUAAAGUAAGAGCAGCCGAAUCAGACUCAUUUGGUAGCGAACCCUCAGACAUAUGGUUAAAUGGUAAAGGAUGUCCAAUUGGAACAGUGCCAAUUAGAAAAACUACAAAAACGGAUUUACUCAAAGCAAAUUUAGAUGCUGCCGUUACAUCAAACGACAAUUCGGGCAUUCGUGUUGCGGUACUCAGGUCUACUGGGGACAAAAGAUAUCGUGGAGCUGGAAUGUACACUAGUGUAUAUAAUCAUGACGUUCAAGGCAAUCAAUACACUUCUAGUCGUUUCAAAUUGAAUAAUGGUCCUGAUAGUAUUGCAGUUGGAUGGGUAGUUAAUCCGAGCCUGUACCAUGAUACAAACACUCGACUUUUCAUCUACACAAUUACAAAGGAUGUGCAUUGCUACAACACCUACUGCCCUGGAUUUGUGGUGACGAAUCAUGAAAUACCAUUGGAUGUUAUACUUUCUCCUGUUUCCAGACGAGGUGGACCAAUAUAUGAAAUAAAAUUCUUUAUUAUGAAGGAUCAUUACAGUGGAGAUUGGGUUCUCAUGUUUGGAAAUCAUGAUAAGGUUUUGGGAUUUUGGCCGAGGGACAUUUUCACUGGAUUAGCAGGUUUUGCUAACUACGCGGAAUGGGGAGGAGAAAUUUACAGUCCUCCGGGUACUGUCACUCCACGAAUGGGAUCUGGUUGCCGACCUUAUGGAGACCCAAAGCUCGAUGGUUAUGCUAGAACAAUCACUAUUGUAGAUGAAAAUGAGAAGAUUGAUUAUGAUCCCGCGGAUUGUAAAAUCUAUCAAAAUGAUAGAGUACACUAUGGCGCGAUUGAUAAAGGAAAUGUUGGGGGUACUUGGAACCGCCUUAUCGAGUUUGGCGGGAAUAGCUUGAUGUAUAAUCCAAAUCUUCCUUAUGCUUGUUGAGAGCCAAUUAGCAACUUUUUUGUUAGGAAAAUAUUAAUAAAAGUUUGUUUCCUCUUUUAAAGUUUGCGUUACGAGUGCACAAGAUGUUUGAUUUUCGAU